UGCCGCAAUGCUAAUAAGUGCAUCUUAUAGCAUUUAAUGAAAUAAUAUUUAUUUACAACAAGAACAAUUAAAAAUGAACUUCCGAUACGCGAGUCUGUUGGGCCGCAAAAGCAAUUGCUUAAGUGUUGCUGCAAAAACAGUUGAAUAUCGCCCAUUAUCUGUAGCUGCUGCUCCUCAAGCCAAACCUAGCAAAAGUUCAUUCGGCAAAAAUAUUGUACUUGUUGAUGGCGUGCGAACUCCAUUCUUGACAUCUGGUACUUCCUACUCGAAAUUAAUGCCUCAUGAAUUGGCAAGGCAUGCAUUAUUAUCACUUUUGCAAAAGAAUCGCCUUGAUAAGGAAAUCAUUGAUUAUAUAGUAUACGGAAGCGUCAUUCAAGAGGUAAAAACGUCUAAUAUCGCACGUGAGGCGGCAUUAGCGGCUGGUUUCAGUGAUAAAACACCCGCCCACACCGUCACGAUGGCUUGUAUUAGUUCAAAUGCGGCAAUAACUACUGGUAUGGGUCUCAUUGCCACGAAUACUUACGAUGUUAUAGUUGCUGGAGGUGUUGAGUUUAUGUCCGAUGUUCCCAUUCGCCAUUCCCGUAAAAUGCGUGCUCUGAUGCUGAAAGCAAAUAAGGCCAAAACAUUGGGCCAGCAGCUCUCCUUGCUUUCCACAUUCAGACCUGCAUUUUUGGCGCCAGAGUUGCCUGCUGUAGCUGAAUUCUCAUCUGGAGAGACGAUGGGGCAUUCCGCCGAUCGACUUGCAUCUGCUUUUAAUGUGAGCCGCAGCGAACAGGAUGAAUAUGCGUUGAGAUCGCACACUCUGGCUAAGCAAGCUCAGGAUAAGGGAUAUUUUACCGAUUUAGUCCCUUUUAAAGUACAAGGUGUCGAUCAGGUAGUCGACAAAGAUAAUGGAAUUCGUGUCUCCAGUCCCGAAAGUCUGGCCAAACUCAAACCCGCAUUUGUUAAACCCUAUGGAUCAAUUACGGCGGCAAAUGCUUCAUUUUUGACCGAUGGUGCUUCAGCUUGUAUCAUUAUGACAGAGGAGAAGGCCAAAGAAUUGGGAUUGAAACCCAAGGCCUAUCUGCGUGAUUUUCUCUACGUGUCGCAAGACCCCGUAAACCAGCUGCUGUUAGGUCCAGCCUAUGGAAUACCAAAAUUACUUAGCAAAACGGGUCUCUCAUUGAAGGAUAUUGAUUCCUGGGAAAUCCAUGAGGCCUUUGCUGGUCAAAUUAUAGCAAAUCUUAAGGCAAUGGAUUCAGAUUGGUUUUGCAAGACUUACUUGGGCCUAAGCGAGAAAGUGGGUUCGCCUGACUUAAAUAAAUGGAACAACUGGGGCGGAUCUCUUUCCAUUGGUCACCCAUUUGCCGCAACUGGUGUUCGCUUGUGCAUGCACACAGCUAACCGUUUGAUUCGCGAGGAUGGAAAGCUUGGGGUAGUUGCAGCUUGUGCAGCUGGUGGCCAAGGCGUUGCUAUGCUUAUUGAACGUUAUCCCGGUGCAACAGCAGACUGAACUUUGAAAUGAUUAUGCGAAUUAAUUGCAAGUGUAGAAUAGGUUUUAUAUAAAUAAAAUUUUUAAUAGUUGAAACACUAA